AUGCUGGUGUGCAAGCUGGAGGAGUUUCCGUCACUAAAGGCGCCGUAUAUAAACAACAACAGGUUUCGUAGGAAGAAGCGCCGGCUGAUACUGUACUCGCUGUAUGUGUUUUCUGUGCUGGUAAUAUACAGGUUGCUAAUGACAUCGUAUUGGCUGUAUUCGCUUGACAUAGACAGCCUUUCGCUGAACAAGAUUGUAUACGACACUGGAAUGUGGAGGAAGAUUGAUGUGGAUGUCUUACUUGCAAACAGCAGGUCGCCGAUUGAUGUGAAUUUUACAGACAUUCAGAUGAGCCUGGCGAGCAUAGGCCACAACACUGAGCGAUCAUUGCUGACACUGACUGUCCCGGCGCUGAGCUUGAAGAAGGGAAAGAACGUUGUGUUUAAUGGAAGUAUAUAUGUCAGUAAGAUACACAAGAAGAAUCUGGCGAUGUCGAUGCUGUCCACUAGGUUUGCAUUGAAGGUUGACUCAAGGCUGUAUCCACGGAUAUGCUUUAUCAGGUUUCCAUUUAAACGGUCGAUGAGCUUUUCGCUCGACAGCCCUGCAUCGAAGUCCAGCAGGCAGAUUGAGCUGAAGAGGAUUCAUUUUGAAGCAGGCAAGAAGCACCUGGGUAUGUCUCUGUAUGUCAACAACUCAAAGCUUGUGAUUCCAAAGUUUAUUACGCUAAGGUGCCGAGGAAUCAAUAUUUUUCUAGGCAAGAAGUCGAGCAUGAUAAAGAUUGCAAUUGGACACAUUGACUUACACGAUUCGUUUUUUCAAAACCCGUUGAAGAUUGAUUUCAAUGUGAUUGAAACGGCACACAGAUGGAUAAAGAAGAGCAUGGUCAGGGCGUUGAAAGGCAGGGAGGUGGGGGUUAGAAUAGACAGCAUAGAGUUUCUGAGUCCGAUUGGGAUGGUGCCUGAUGGCGCUGUUGAGGUUGGGCUGACGCUUGGCAUUAAUGCGAAAAAUGACUCUGAUUAUGAUGUUGUGUUUAGAAGGAAAUCCAAGUCACAUAAGCCAUGGAAGCCACCGCUUGGAAGCAGCAUAGAUAUCUUAUUUGAUGGGAAUCGAUGCAUAAACGUGAAGUUUGCCAAGAAGAUGUUUCCGUUCAUCAGCGAUGACACCUCUAUAAGCAUGAGCGACACAGGAACAACGGUCAUGCUGUUUCUGAAUCAAAGGCACCUCGUGUCGUUGAAGGCAUCCAUAACUGAUGAAGAAAGACAUACUGUUUUGAAGCUGACUGCAGAGAAUAUGUACAUGUUGAAUUUUGUUUGUGGGCUGGUAUCAAGCGUAAAGACGCCUGGAAUUGAUAUUGUUGUGGAUUCUUUGAGUGUACUGGGGCUUGUCCUGAACAGUAUAACGGGAUCAUUCAGAUUUGACGGAAGAAUGUGCCUGAGGAUAGGAAGAUACAAACUUAUUGAUAAGAAGCCAAGCGGAGAAAACAAUGUGUUUUCUGUGGAGCAUUAUGUGCGUAGCUUAAAGGAAGGGAUGGAAGUGGACACGGCUGUAAGGCUGAAUCCUUUUGAGAAAUGCUAUGCAAACAGAUAUGUGCGCUUGGUUCAUACAGGAACUGUGUUUUGCCUGGAAGACCUUGGGAUUGGAAUUAAAAUCAAGAUUAAGGCGUGUGAAGUACGGUAUGUGUCUUGUGGGCCACUAUCUAAAUGUCUGUAUGGAUGCGUGCUGGUUAGUACACAGAUAGGUGAUUCGUUUGAAAGGAUAUUGGAGCAUUUUGAGAAGCACUCGAUGCGAUCCAAUGAAGGAAGGAAUCAGCAAAUGAGGAGUAUUAUGGAAUGCUUUGAGAGCAGAGGGGCCGCUGCAAAGGGUGUUAUGCCACUGUAUUCUAAGUGCAAAAAGGCAGCAACAGAUGCUGAUGAAAGUAGUGUUGUUGAGGAAUAUGACGAAGACGUAGCUGAAAAUAGAGUUGAGGCCGGGAUGGAAGGGCAUGGAGGUGAAUCUACAGAUUGCGAUGGCCAAUAUGGACGUGCUUCUGUGGACGGCAAAGAAGGGGGAUUUAUUGGAAAUGUGUGUAUAAGGUACAGUGGCAAGAAGCCGAAGGUGCCUAGAAAGUACUUUUUUGAUGUUGUUAUGAGCGAUGGCCGGAGAGAUGUUGAUAAAGGGCUGUGCUUGAGAAAUAUGAUACAUAUAGAAAAGACAAGCAUUGGCGUAUAUUCAAAGAGUGGCUUGACGGAAAUAGAUGGAGGAAAUCGAGAAGACUUGAUGAGCAGGGCGCCUCUGAAGUUGAAUAUUGAUGCAAUCCGGAUAUGCUGUGUGUGGAGGGGCUGUGUUGGUGUGUGGCUAGAGCAAGAUAAACCUAUCGGGAUUGGAGUGACGAUUUCCAAUCUCAACGAUGUGAUGCAGCUGAUGAAUGGCGAUGUAGGGCUUGCAAUCCAUGAGAAUGAUAUUAUAUCACGCAACAUAAAAACGUUGGUGGAUGCAUAUUUGAGUAUGGAUAAAGAAAGACUCAAAAUGGCAUCUAAAGAAGGCAUUGAUGCUAGCAUGAGCAUUAAAAAGAGGAAUGAGAAAGGUUCUGUUGAUACUUAUGAGGCUGAUUGCAGGAUGUAUGUUCCAAAGGAGAUUCUUGGGCUUAUAGGGCUGGUUGAUGUGCCUAGUAUUGAGGUUAAAGUGGUCAAGAGUGUGGCUGAGCACGAUGGGACUGACGGGCAUAUUCUAUCGAUGAAAGUGUACAGCAGCCCGGCGACUCGAGAGAAUCAUGGGAAGUGCAUGCUGUAUGGGGUCAGGCUGUGUGCCUCUGUGGUUGCGGAGUACCAUGAUCCGGUUAGAAUGAUUUUGAUGGUUGAUGGAAAUGAGUGCGAGGAAGCAACUUUUAUGCCUGAGGAGUGCAAAAAGAUGAUUGAAGAAGUGGCAGUGUUUUUUUCAAAAAACAGAGUUAGAAAUAUAAAUAGAAGUACAAAGAAAACAGUUGUGAAUAUUGACAGCAUCAAUGAUUUUGGUGUUGAGAGAGUAAAGGAUGGCUUUUUCAUAGAUAGAAACACAUGGUUUGUAAGGAUAAACGAUGAGCGUAUCAAAGAGUUUGUAUUUUGCAGAUUACCGAACAUUUUUUUGAAUUCGUCUGUGUUUUCGAUGGUACCUUCGGGAGUUAGGAUGGCCUUUAGAGUGGACAAGGAUGUUUUCUCUGCAUGUGUGAAAUCUAAAAAGAAGAAUCCUUGGAAAGAAACUGAGAGUGGUGUGGAGGCAGGAGUAGAUCAUGCUGUGAGGGAUGGCUACAAGAUAUUUGGGCUUUGGUUUUCAGAUAUUGAAUGUGAGGAAGCAAUCAAGUAUGACUUUUCGUCAUUGGGUGUAUUGCAUCCUGACGGACGGAAGAUGCUGAAGUGUGAGGAUUAUUGCAAUCCGUUCGUUGGAAGCAAUGAAUACAAUAACUGGAACGCCUCUAUUAUGGUUGCUGGAGCUUUCAAGGCAUGGAAUGAAGGAAUGUUGUGCAACCAUGAUAUUUGGUGCGAGACGCCAUUUAUGUCGUAUAUAUCAAGGCUUAUGCCCAAGGGAAAUAGUAGAUACAAGCCGGAGGUAAAAUAUGCAGGAAUGUAUGUGAGGUUUCGCCUUCCUUUUGAGAUUUGCAUGGCCAGUAAGGCUCUUUUUGAAGUUAACAUGGUAUCAAAGUGCAAUGAUAAGGUUUUGCUGUCGGUUGUAUUGAGGAAGUCGAUGCAUGAGAGGAACUCGAUAUUUGUAGUGGCUACUAUUCCUUCUGGAUCGUAUGUCUUGGAGAUGAACCACUUGAAACGCCUUCUGGACACUCUGUUUGGAAGCGGGCACAAUAAGACAAUUAUUCAGGAUGUUACAAUUAAUGUGUUUGUGAACAAGAGAAAAUGCAGUAGGUUUAACAACAGAAUUGAGAUAAAAGACUUGAAGAUAAACAAGAAAGAUAUAAUCAAAGCAAUGGUAUUUAUUCUUGACAAAAGAUCAACACGAAUUAGUGAUAUGAUAGUGAAACGCUUUAUAAAAAAAAUUGACUAG